AUGAGCGCUGGCAGCUCCUGUGCCCCAGGACAUGUGUGGUUGGUUCUUGCGUCGGUUGCAUGUCAGUGGUGCCAUCCAGCACAAGCUGGAAGGCUUGAGGUGAACAGAUUUAAUGUGCCCGGAGCCAUUGAGGGCUGUUGGGAAACCCUCCGUUUCGUGGAGGCGUUUGAGGAGGCUCCUGUUGUAGUGGCCCUCAGCACCAUGCAGGGGCCGGCGCCGGCCAAGGUGCGUUUGAGGGCCAUCACAAAUCAUUCGUUCCAGACUUGCAUCACAGAGCCAAUGCCCGAGGACGGUGAGCACGAUAAAAUGUCGAUCACGUUCAUGAUGGCAUCUCCGGGUGUACACAUGCUGCCGGAUGGCCGAGUCUUUGAGGCAGGCAUUGUGGAAACGAUGCAGCGGCAGGGUGCUAGUUGCAGGCCCUUGGACUUCCCCAACAAGGGUUGGGAAGAGCUUGCUUUUGCUCAUUCUUUUUCAGAGAUUCCAGCGGUACUGACUGACCUUCAGACAGCAAACAACGAAGUAUCUAAUCAACCAUCAGCACCUUGGCUUGUGGUUGGCGUCUCUUCUUUGACAUCGUCUUCAAUGCGUGUGGCCUUGGAUUCUGUCAAGGCCUUCGAUGGCCAGGUCAACGUGCCAGAGCAGAUCGGCUACAUCGCGUUUGAUACUCAGGCCAGCACGACACAGAUCCAGGUCCCGGCAAAGAGAGUCUGCCAAGUGGGCCAGGAGAUAUUGAUCCGCAGUUGGCAGGGGAUGUUUUUGCAAGACCAGGCUGGUGUGCUUCAGGUGGCUUCGAAUAGGGACUCCUCGGCCCGGUGGAAUACCAGCCUGUCCAACAGCAAGGUCAUCUUCACCAGCCAUCGGUCCGUUCAGCUGUCAGAGAGCUCUGCCAAUGAGCCAAUCCUGGAAGCGCAGCAGGCAACUGCACAGGAAUGGACAAUUGAGGGGGCUGAUGGUGGCCAGGUGUUCCUUCUCAGCCAGACAAAUCGUGUGCUGAUGACAAACGGCAGUGGCACAUUGGAAUUGCAUCUCCAGUGGAGCGACUUUUCAUGGUUGCAGAAUUUCGAAGUGGGUGUUGUUUGA